AUGCAAAUGGUGGAAAACAAUCAUAAGAGAAAAGUCUCGUCCUUGUCUAGGGGGUUUGGCAUCUCUGUCAUAGCCACGUCUCCCACCACGUCUCCCCAACUGAAACGUGAUUCCAAAUUAUCCUCGGAAGAAUAUAUACAUGCCGAGAAAAGGCCGUCGACAUACAACCCGCCUCGUGGACUCACUGAGAACAUGGUGAAGAAUCUAUCGACACAGACAGCCGGUGAUACGAGUAUCGAUUCCUUCGUGGAUGAUAGUAUGGUAUCUUCAGCAUAUAGUGGUAACACUUCGGAUAUGAUAAUUAGCGCAUCCAAUGCUUCAGACAACAACGACAUCCUUGACGACGAUAACUCCACGCUACACCCUUACAUUACUAGCUCGCAUGUGGAUGUUUCACUUUCCACUUCCACACUCCGAAGAUCGUCGUUUAAUAAACAAAAGUAUUCCCCAAAACUAGGUAAUUCACAUUCACCACAAGAUAAGAAACCCAUUUUGUCUCAGAGGUUCAGAUCUAGUCCAUCAUUGAUUACUCCUACUUUUUCAGUAACCUCUCCUAUCAUAGCCCCUCCUAGACAGAACAGGUCUUCUCUUCAGCUGAGCCAACACUCUCCAAGGCAUCAAUUUCCUUUAAAGGCUAGCACCACUACGAAAUUGCCUCGUCGACGUAGUGCCCAACCUUUGACAAAGAAAGAAAAGGACAAACUGUUUGACAAUGACAAUGAUUACCUGAUGCCAGGUGACGAAAAUAUGGACAUGUUUAUGUAUAACGUUCCUAUUGCAUCUGCCUCUUCACUGAGAAUGUUCCAAAAUGCUGGCGCCUUGCAAUCGACAGAAGCACUGAAGAAGGCUUGGAAUGAAUCAGAAUCGAACCUGAUCAUCCCGCCAUCCCCAUUACCUGGUAAGAUUGGUAAUGACGCCACGUUUGGGCAUCCUCCGCGUACACCAAUCAGUAUGAAUGGUGAACAGCCGUCUUCGGCAACAUCAAAACCAUUUGAGAGUCCAACAUUGAAUAAAACACAAUCUUUCAACACGCUGUCACCAACCGCAAGACAACUUUCUACCUUUUAUGAAUAUUCGUCGCAUAACCAAGCAAUGGAGGAACUAGAAGCACGAAGACAACAACCAAAACCAGUGACUGAUGACCCUAAAAUGGUUGCAAAAAUAGAUGAUUUGUCACUUGCAUCAUCAGAGAAAUUAGCUCACCUCACUGUAACCAGACCAGCAUGGAUCCCUCCAAAGAAUUCUUCAGAACUACAUAAGCAUGAACAAGAAUUCAAAAAGCUGGUAAAAUAUUCAAGUAAGAAAGCAUUGAAAAACUCUAAGCACUUGGUGAAGUUAGAACACGAUCGUGUUAUAGGUGAUUCCAGGUUAAAGUAUCUAUCUGAAAAACCCAACUUAACGUAUUCGAAUUGCAAGGAAGUCAGAAAAUAUAUAUUGGUGUCUGAAAUUGAGCCUUCGAUAAGAUUCAAACUAUUCCAAAAUUUAUUAGCACAUAAGGUUGGUAAAUCUUUCUUAUUUAUUCCGCCAUUCUCCAAAGAAAACGCUGAAGAAAAUUCCGAAUUUCCUGAUAAAAUGGAUGAUUUAGAUGUUGCUUCACUCUUUGAAAAGGGGACUACUGUUUUAACACCAGAAGAAACCAUCUCACUACAGACGGUUCUACAACCAAUUGCACGCCCAAUCCCAUCUAAAAAUGUAGACAUAAGUCUACUACCUAAAGUUCCCGCCCUACCACUACAAACUAUGCUCCCCAGAUUAGCCAAAAUUGGAUUGACACUUUUACGAAAGAAUUAUUCUGUUCUUGAAACUAGAUCAAUUGUUUAUUGGUUGCAUGUUUACAUUUUUACUUUUAAGUUUAAAGCCAGCUUCGACAGUAUGCUAACUAAAGACACCGUGACGAAACUCUUCAAAGACUUCAAAGAUGAUUAUUCUAUUUUAAGUAUUCCAACAGGAUUGGAUUUAAUUUUAGAUUUGCCAAGAGAUGUAUUAUCCAAAUGCAUUGAAUUAAUCAUUGUAUUCUGGUGUUUAGGUGGUGAAAGAGGUACGAGGCUUUUUUUUGCUUUAAUUGCAUGUAUCAUCAGAGAUUACCAUUUUGGGUGGAAUAAUUUACAGGUGAUAUUCCAUUCCAAGGCUCAUUUGUAUAUCGGAGACGAUGACAAGAGCAUUGAAAACUUUUUUACACAUGUUCUAAAACAUUAUGGUUUGAUAAAUUAG